AUGACCCUGUACCUCACCUCUGUUCCUCUCUUUGGUGUAAACCGUGCUUACUAUCCAAAAGCAGAUCGAUUCUUCGGCAGCCAUGGUGCUUCAAAAACGGUUGGUAAAUUAAAUUCUGUGAUCUUGUUUCUUCCUCCUAAUGUACCUGUGCCAGACAUUCCUACAUAGUCACAUAGUCCUGAGAGAGAAUACCAUAGAUUCAUAUCUCUAUUUCUUUGCAGGAAUGCCAGUGGAAAAUUCCUAAGCAUGGAUCCAACCACCGUGGUCUGUAACAGUAACAAAAUAGUAGUCAAUGGAACUUACUGCACUAAUGAUUUAUCCUGGUUUACCACAUUCAAUGAAAGUUACUACACUAAUGAUUUAUUCUGCUUUACCACAUUCAAUUUUCUUACUCUCAUCAUUGCAGUGCUUGGUCUGGCUGGAAAUUCCAUAGUGCUGUGGCUUCUAGCCUUCCAUCUGCAUAGGAAUGCCUUCUCUGUGUAUGUCCUCAACCUGGCUGGUGCUGAUUUCUUGCAACUUUGCACACAGAUUGUACAUUCCCUGGAGUGUUUCUUUCUGAUAAAAAUUAUUUUGUAUCGUUUUGUCCUCAUUGUAUUUAUUAUUGCUUACCUUGCAAGUUUGUGUAUGAUUGCAGCCAUCAGUGCUGAGCGCUGCCUAUCUGUUUUGUGGCCCAUCUGGUAUCACUGCCAAAGACCAAGACACACAUCAGCCAUCACGUGUGCUCUGCUCUGGGUUUUCUCUCUACUGUUGAUGCUUCUGUUUGCACAAAGCUGUGGCUUUCUGUUCAGUUAUUGUGAAUACAAUUUCUGUAUUACAUGUCGGUAUAUCACUACUGCAUUGAUAAUAGUAUUAUCUGUUGUUCCGUCUGUGUCCAACCUGGCCCUGUUUGUCAAGAUGAUCUGUGGAUCACAUAGGAUUCCUGUUACCAGGUUCUAUGUGACCAUUGCUCUCACAUUGAUGGUCUUCAUAUUCUUUGGUUUACCCAUUGGAAUCCAUACGUUCCUCUUGCCAAUGUUUGUGAAGUUUCAUUGCAUAUACUCUUACAAUGUUAUUAGAGUGAUAGCAUUCCUGUCCUGUGUUAAUAGUUGUGCCAAUCCCAUCAUUUACUUUCUGGUUGGCUCUGUUAGGCACUGCAGGUUUCAAUGUCAAACUUUGAAGGAACUUCUGCAGAGAGCCAUGCAGGACACUUCUGAGGAAGAGAAUGGAGAGACGGAUCCUUCACAAAGAGCCUAG